GGGGGGGAUGGGUGCUAUUGUUGCAGGAAGUGAAUGCAGCGAGCGAAACUGCAGCAACCUGACGGAGAGGAUAUUACGGCUUACCCUGGAGAUCAUCGACCGGCUGACCGGGGAGAUUAUCUGACGGGUAAUGGAGAAGGAGCGGAAUCAGAUGGCAGAGAGGGUAUUAUACCUCACCAUGGAGAUCAUCUACCUGCUGACCGGAGAGGAUAACAUAUUUGUGAAGAAGACAUCAGGAGAUGGACAGAACCCCAUUAUGGUUCCUCUACUUUCCUUAUUAUUUUCAGAGAUAAGCAAUAAAGAGAAGAUCCUAGAAGCCACCCAGAAGAUCAUUGAUAUGCUGACAGGAGAGGGUGGCCAUUUUAACAUAUGUAUCAAAAAAGAGAUAAAAGAAGAAGAGGAGGAGGAAAGUAUAAUGAAGGAUCAAGAGUAUUUAGAAGGACGGAAGUAUCUCUACAAGGACGUCAUGAUGGAGAAUCAGCCGCCCCUCACAUCACCGGAUGGAUCCAGUAAUGGGAACCCACCUGAGAGAUGUCUUCCUCCUCUGUAUUCCACACAGGAGGAUCACACCAUCCCUCCCCAUCAUCAGGGUGUUGAAGCAUUAAAUAUAAAAACUGAAGUUAAAGAAGAAGAAGACGAGAUGCUUGUCAGUGGAAAUCAGCUGUCUAUGAAGGAAGCGGAAGUGGUGGUGACAAUUACUAAGGAGGAGUCGUCUGUACAUGUCAGCACAGGAGGACACAAUGGCUGGAAUACCCCAGAGAGACAUCCUGUUUUAUCUGCUCAUUCUAACAAAGAAGAUAAAGGCGUGGCACACUGUUCUCCGGGAGUAAGCAUUGUUAACCAAAAUACACAUCCCCAACCUAAUCCAUUGAUAACAUCAACAAAUCCACAGACUGGUUUGAUCCUUUGGAAUCCUAACGUAAAUAACAUACUAUUAUCCCAAAUGUCCAACCAAGAUUUCAUAGUGCAGAUAAAUCCUCCCAAUCCCAGGGAAUCUUCUUCCAAUAAUCUGCAUCCUUUUCAGACUUGUAAAAACUCAUUCAUAAAAAGACACGACCUGGUUGUACCCCAGGGCAUCCACACCAAUGAAAAACCCUUUUCGUGUUCCGAGUGUCAGAAGUCCUUCUCAACCAAAGCGUAUCUUGCUCAACACCAGAGAGUUCACACCGGCGAGAAGCCCUUCUCCUGCUCCGAGUGUGGAAAGUGCUUCUCCAAUAGAGGGAACCGCGAUAAGCACAUGAGAACUCACACCGGCGAGAGGCCGUUUUCUUGUCAAGAAUGCGGCAAACGGUUUGCACAGAAAGUGACGCUAAUCAUCCACCAGAAAGUACACGAGAGAAGAUUGAUCCGCCCGAAAACACACACCACCUGAGCUCGCCGAAAAACUGAUGGUGGAGUUUCAUCGGAUCAGUUGUUAUGUCCGUCGAGCAAUUGUAUGACUAUAAUGAUGCAGCAUGAAAGGAUCGGCCAACCCGUAUAGAAUAUUUUAGUUUUGUUAUUGUGGAGUGAUCUGUUUUUUUUUUUUUUUGUUACUUACAAAAAGUAUUUUUUUUUUAUUUAUAAUUUAUGAUUGAUCUUCAUGUUGUAGUUUUGCCUAAAACUCAAAACUUUUUGCCCUCAUCCAAA